UUUCUGCAAAUUAUUCAUUUCCAAAUCGCAAUCCUCUUGAUCCUAACGGAAAGCAUGAGCUGGUGGCGAUCGGGAGUCGUUGGCGCAGCAAGGAAAAAACUCGAUGAAAGCAAUCCAUCUCGCAAGUACCAGAAGUUUGGUUUGAUAAUCGGAGCCACCGGCAUCGUCGGCAAUAGUCUCGCCGAAAUCCUCCCUCUCCACGACACUCCCGGUGGUCCAUGGAAGGUAUACGGAGUCGCCCGCCGCCCUCGACCACAGUGGAACGCCGAUUACCCGAUGGAAUACAUCCAGUGCGACAUCACAGAUCCUGAAGAAACACAAUCCAAACUCUCGAAACUACAAGACCUAACCCAUAUAUUCUACGUCACAUGGGCGAAUUGCACCACAGAAGCAGAAAAUUGCGAGAUUAAUGGGAAAAUGUUCACGAAUGUGCUCAAUGCAGUGAUCCCUAAUGCCCCUAAUUUACAACACGUAUGCUUACAGACAGGACGUAAGCAUUACAUGGGACCAUUUGAAGAAUGGGGGAAAGGGAUCGAGUCUCAUAAUGCGCCAUUUUAUGAAGAUCUUCCCAGGCUUAAUCAGCCGAAUUUCUAUUACACACUCGAAGAUAUUUUGUUUAAAGAGGUCGCAAAGAAGGUAGGAUUGACAUGGUCUGUUCAUAGACCAGGAUUAGUAUUAGGGUUCUCUCCCUACAGUAUGAUGAACAUUUUAGCAAGUUUAUGUGUUUAUGCUGCAAUAUGUAAGCACGAGGGUGAACCCUUUAAAUUCCCAGGGACGAAGGAGGCGUGGAAUAGCUAUAACGACGUCUCGGAUGCCGACCUAAUCGCCGAACAUCAUAUAUGGGCGGCCGUUGACCCAAUUGCAAAGAACGAAGCUUUUAACAUUUGUAAUGGCGACGUUUUUAAAUGGAAGCACUUCUGGAAAAUUUUGGCUGAGCAAUUUGAUGUUGAGAACGGAGGGCUUCAAGAAGAUGAAUCCCGGAAGAGCUUGGGGGAGAUGAUGAAGGAUAAAGGGCCUGUUUGGGAUGCGAUUGUGCAGGAAAAGGAGUUGUUGACAACGAAACUAGAGGAAGUGGGAGGAUGGCGGUUUGUGGAUUUUGUACUUAGCAUUGAGGGUACGUUGGAUAUCAUGAACAAAAGCAAGGAACAUGGGUUUUUAGGGUUUCGAAACUCCAAAUCAUCAUUGGUUUCUUGGAUUGAUAAGUUAAAAUGUUCCAAGAUUGUUCCCUAAAUUUUAUUUAAUUUUUCUUACUGUGUAUAAUAUGUAAUGAAUGUUUCAAGUUGUUCGUAAGGGAAUGACAAUAAGUCUAGCAUUAUGGUCGUGU